GCCAUGGCUUACCUCAAGGAGGCGUUCGCCGAGCUGUGGAGGCAGGACGGCCUCGUGGUGAUGGCGAGGGGCCUGGGGGUCCGGCGGCUUAUGGCCAAGUUUCUCUUGCUGCACUGCAUGCACGGGGACGUGGCCAGACCGUCCCGUUCGUCGGAGGAAGCGGAAGAGGAUACCGGCGACGAGCAGGAGGGUGAGGGCGAGAGUCAAGAUCGUUCUCAGGGAGAAGAAGGAGAACGCCAGGAUGGAGGUGCUUCAAAUGAUCUCGGCGACAACAACAACAAUAAUAACGACAAUAGCGGUGCCAGAAAGAAGAUACAUCGCGAUAAAGAACAAGUACAAGAAAGGGAGAAAGAGGAACAGGAACAGGCCGAACACCCUUCACCACCAUUCCGAGCAGGCAAAGGUGUCGAUCGCCAAAAGAACGCCCCUUUAAACGGCGGGAGCGGGAGUUCUUCGGAAACAGGGGUUUCCAAGGUAGGGGGGGCGGGUUCUUCCGGACCGGCAGGAGUUAGGCCGCUUGUUCUGUGUCUGAACGUCAAGGGGGAGGAGGAGCUUUUCUUGGAUGCGCUUAUGGCGGACGGGGUUCCCCCGAACCGUUUACCCGAGGUAGUGGACGCGGAGUGCACGCCUGCCCAGCGCGGGGUUCUGUACGCGUCAGGAGGCGUGUAUAUCGUCACAUCGCGGGUGCUCAUCGUCGACCUACUGACCAAGACAGUGAAGCCCGAGCAAAUAUCGGGCAUACUGGUUCCCAACGCCCACCGCGUGGUCGAGACGUCGAGCGAGGCAUUCAUCCUCAGGAUAUAUCGGGAGGGGAACGGGAGUGGUUUCGUGAAAGGCUUCACGGACGAGCCGGAGUCCCUCCUCGCCGGCUUCGGCAAGCUAGAAAAGAUUCUGCGAAACCUAGGUGUGGGAAAGGUCUUCCUCUGGCCGCGAUUCCACAGCCUCGUGGCGGAGUCGUUGGAACGACGCCCUCCCCAAGUGGAGGAGCUUGUUCAAGGCCUCACGGCCCCCACGAAAGAGGUGCAGCAAGCGAUUGUGGUGCUGAUGGAUCACACUCUGAGAGAGCUGAGGGGAGCGGCACCUUCCCUCGACAGCUCUGAGCUUACGGUCGAGAGCUGCAUCUUCAACUCGUUCGAUAGGUCAGCGCAACGCCAGCUCGAGCCAGAGUGGCAUCGCGUCGGCUUCAAAACCAAACAGCUGCUCCAAGACCUCAAGACCUUACGGUCGUUGCUGGACUACGUGUUUCGGUACGAUGCCAUCACCUUCUACCAGCUCCUGCUGGGGGAAAAGAGCAAGGCCGCAGCCGUACGAGAUCCCCCCCUGUGGAUCGGAACUUCAGCGGCAGAUAGGCUGUUCGUGACGGCGAAGGCGAGGGUCUACAAGAUCGUUCCUCGGAACGGUGCCGGCGGCGCUGCUCACGGACCUCGAAACAGCGGCGGCGCGGCCAAGAAAAACGCCGCUGCCACUGCUGCUGCUGCUGCUGCUGCUGCUGUCGGUGGCGGCGGCGGGGGUGGUGAUGUUGAGUACGAGGUGAAGCUGGUUCUGGAGGAAAACGCGAAGUGGCGGCUUGCCGCCGACGUGAUGAAGGAGAUCCGCGACCUCCACGCCGCGAGAGAGAGGCAGCGCGUGGUUUCGAAACCGCCGGUGCCGGCCGCGUCGCCAGCGGCUGCAGAGCCUGCGGGGGGAGCGAGGGUCCUCGUCCUGGUGAGGGAUGAACAGACGUGCACGCAGCUGCGGCAGCACUCUGCUCUCGGGGGCCCCGCGAUGAUGAAGAGGCGCUUCCUCCAGUUCGUCCGAGAGUCCGAGGAGCGUGCGGGGAGGGUCGCUGCCGCAAGGGGCGCCGGCGGAUGGAAGGGAGGACGUCGGUGGAAUAGCAAAGGCGGUGAGUCUGUCGGGAGAUGGGGUGAGAAACCAAAACGCGGCGGAAUGAGCGGGGUUGGCGUCGGCGCUUCCCCUGCUUUUCGUCAUUCUUCAUCCUCUACUACGGUGGGAGGAAGAAGAGGCGGGGAGGGAACAACGAAGGGGACGAAGCUCAGCUUGGAGCGGUCGCUGUUGAAUGAAUUGGCCGCAGCGGCGGCAGCGGCAUCGACAGGAACUGCAGUCGAGAAGGGGGGUGGCAGCGUCGACCUGACCGGUGAUGGUGACGACGGGGAGGACGGGGAGGCGUCCCCUUCACGAGGGGAUGGCAGCGGGAAGAAGCGCAGCAGGGAACGGGAUGGGGGACAGAGCGAUAACGAAGCAUCGGUACCGGAGGAGCGGGGAGGAGGAGGAGGAGGAGGAGGAGGAGGACGGGAAGAAGACGGUGUGGGUGGGUGGGGGGGGAGAGGCUCAUCGUCGUCCUCGGAGGGAAGGAAAGCAUCUGCUGGCAGAGGAGGGGUUUCACGAGGAAGGGGCAGCAGAGGCGGGAGCGGGAGAGGGGGGAGAUCGGCAAGAGGGGUCGGCAAUGCCUCAGGCCCAUCCUCAGCGGCAAGAACAGGAGAGGGUGGGGCCGGGGGCUGUGCAUCGGGGGGAGGAGGAGGAGGAGGAGGAGGAGGAGAGGACCUGGUGUUCGAGCCGUUACCCUCUCUCCACGCGGUGGUUUUCUCAUUCGCUCAGGCUCGGGAAAGCCUCAACAUUCUCCAGGACCUAGAGCCGGACUUUGUGGUUUUGUACGACCCAGACGCAGCGUUCGUUCGAACCCUGGAGGCCUACCAGGCAGGGAGGACGCUCGACCGUCCCCCUCUCGUGGUGUACUUUAUGCUGUACGAGCAGAGCGUGGAGGAGCAAAGGUACCUGACGUCACUGGACAGGGAGACGAAGGCUUUCAAGAGCCUCAUCGAGGAGAAGGCUCGCAUGACCGUUCCUGUCAGAACCACUACCUCGUUUUUGCCAGCGGAACGGACCGCCCGAGAAGGAAAAGUGACACGGCUUUCCACACCCCUAGCUGAGGCUGGCAAUGGUGGCAGCAGCGGCAGCAGCAGGAGGGGAGGGCGUCGGAAGGCACAAGCGCCUCUCAGGGUAGUCGUGGACCUUCGGGAGUUCCGCAGCGUCCUUCCUAACCUGCUGCAUCAGCAAGGGUUUGAGCUGGUCCCGUUGGUCAUAGCGGUCGGCGACUACGUCCUGACGCCCCAGAUCUGCGUCGAGCGAAAGAGCCUGUCCGACUUGUUCCAGUCCAUGUCUUCCGGCAGGCUGUACAACCAGGUGGAGGCGAUGCUGAAGCACUACAAGGUGCCCGUCUUGCUGAUCGAGUUCAACCCUGACAAGGCUUUCUGUUUGCUGGGGUCGGGGGACCUGACCUCCGAGAUCAAGCUGACCUCCAUCACAUCGCAGCUUACGCUUCUUACCCUCCACUUUCCUCAGCUGCGCAUCUUGUGGUCCAAGUCGGAACACGCGUCCGCAGACAUGUUCAAGGAGCUCAUGAAGAACAACGCCGCGGUAGACGUAGCAAAGGCUCAGGCGGCCGGGGGAGGGGGAGAAGAUGACCAGGGGACAGGGGACGACGCCUCCGCCAAAGAGCUGCUGAUGCGGCUGCCCGGCGUGAACGUGUACAACUUUCGAAACGUACUCCGAGGAGUGGACACGAUCGCCGAGCUCAGCCAGCUCUCCGAGGAGCAGCUGCGGCCCUUGCUAGGAGAAGGGAACGCCGCCAAGCUCUACAAGUUCUUCAGACAGCCCGCGCCUGUGUAGUUUGGCCUUCCUUUCUUUCACAUUACACACGCAACGAGUCAGGUUCUUUCCACCGGUAAAGCCCGGGAGAGUUACCAACAUUGUGAUGGCGCUCCAUUGGUUAUUUAUUUCUUACCGGUAUAGUUUUCCGGUAGUCGGCACGCCCGUCAGUUGAAUUGCAACGCCGCCCUGUUGUCUACAGGAGGCAGAUGGAUGAUGAAGCAAAAGAGUGUCGUAAUAUUUUCUGUCCACGAGGACACUUUUCCCCAGCAGCCCAAGCCUCGUCGCAACUUUUUUCGUUCGGGAUGCAUAAUCUAAUGUGCAAGAACCGGUAGCACAGGCUUUCACAGGUGGUCGCCCAGGAAGUUGAGAGCGCGGGCUCGAGUCUCGCUUAGAAUGUGUGGUAGUGUUGUAAGGCGGGCAUCUGGACGCGUUUGAAGUGGCGCCGGGCGAACGUGUGUUCGUGGGACACAACGACCAUGGAAUGCGGCGACAAGAGCGGACACCUUGAUUGGCAUCCUGAAACUCGCAAAGGGGAAGAACGGUUGUGACGGGUGGGAACCCCGCGUUUGCUUGUUCAGCAGCUGCCGAGGGGGGCGGCAUCUCGCGAUUCUCCGGUGGCUGCAUGAUUCAGAAAGGGCGCGAUUGGGAUUCGGGCACGCCUUCGAGUGCUUCGAAAGUGGACCACGUCGAGGCCCUGCAGUACGCGAUUCAGAACGGAUGUCGGGGGCCCCGACCCGGUAUGCUCCAAUGCCGCUUGGCAUGGCCACCUCCGACGUCUGCGGUGGGCAUUCGCAAACGGCUGCAGCGGAGACUUGACGAUGGUGUGUGUGUACGUUGGUAGCCCCGGGGGGGCACGUGGGUGUUAGAAAGUGAGGCAGAGAACAGAGGCGGUUGCAACAGCGAUGCGAGCUACUGGGGGGCCGCCGUUGGGGGUCACAUCCAAGUGUUGGGUUGUGUUUUCACCACGAUUCAUGGGUGUCAUGUUGCAGGUUUGCUUCCGGCGGUAAGAAGGGCGUAGUUGGGGCUUCGUUGCACGGCUGCCAAGACAAGUCGACUGGAGCGCGUGGAUUCUGGCGAACAGCGUACCCGCCUGUGCGGUUCUCGCCCUCGGCGUGUCUACACCAGUGAACCGUGGAGAAACGACCAGCUAACACAUGGAGCAAGAAAAGAGGUGCAAUGUGCUUGAUUAUGUGUUGCGUUAAGCCAUGUCUCUACGCUGUAGAUCAAGUCUAAACGGGUUUUCCAAAGGUGCGAAGAGGUUGGCGAUAGUGUGCUGAAGACCAGACAGCUGAGGGCGAGGGAGGUUUUCUUUUCCAGCAUACGGCGGCGGG